CUGUCUCUCUCUCCUCUGUCUCUCUUUCUCUCAUCUUUUUUCAAGAAGCUUAUUAUAAGGGUGACUUCACCAAGACUGCCUGAGGAAGAUGAGAGUUGUAAGAGAUAAAGGAAGAAAGAAAGUGUUGAGCUUUUUUUAAUCUGAAAGCUGAAAGAAAAGCUGAUUGUGUUACCGAAAGAAAGGGCCUUUUUCAUCAUUUCUUUUUUUUUUUUUGGGGGCUCCCAUGGUUGUACUUGUUGCUGUAUAUUCUGUAGUCCCAUCGCCCCACAAGCUCCAUCUCCUCCAUUAAUUAUAUCAGAUACGGAGCUCAUAAAGCUCGGUUAAUUAGCAGCAGCUUAAUUCAAUCAGGUGGUUCUUUGAUUUUCUCAAACAGCUUGUCAACUUGUUAGCCAGAAACUGUGGUUAAUGUUAAGCAACGUUAAUCCUUCUCCUCCGACGGAGCCCUUCUCUUCUUCUGAUAAUGGCACCGCCGGAAAACGGAAACGGCGCCCCGCCGGAACUCCAGAUCCAGAUGCGGAAGUGGUGUCGCUCUCCCCGAAAACCCUUCUGGAAUCGGAUCGCUACGUGUGCGAGAUCUGCAACCAGGGAUUCCAGCGGGACCAAAACCUGCAGAUGCACCGCCGACGGCACAAGGUGCCGUGGAAGCUGCUAAAGCGGGAAACCCCAAUUGUGAGAAAGCGUGUUUUCGUCUGCCCGGAGCCCAGCUGCCUCCACCACGAUCCUUGCCACGCCCUCGGCGAUCUCGUCGGGAUCAAGAAACAUUUCCGGCGAAAACACAGCAACCAGAAGCAAUGGGUCUGCGAGAAAUGCUCCAAAGGGUACGCUGUUCAGUCGGACUACAAAGCCCAUCUCAAAACCUGCGGGACUCGAGGGCACUCUUGCGAUUGCGGCCGUGUCUUCUCCAGGGUGGAGAGCUUCAUUGAGCAUCAAGAUGCCUGCAGCAUGGGGCGGCUCCGAUCGGAAUCCCACCCUCUACAGCCACCGCCGCCGUGCUUAUCGCGGACUGCCUCCAGUCCCAGCCCGUCCAGUGACACCAAUCUCAGCGUUGCUCCAUGGGCCUCCGCGGCUGCCGCUGCCCUCGCUUUGCCGAAGCCAACAGAACCAAUCUUCUUGAGCACUCCGGCGGCUGUCACCACCCCGAGGAAUAACUCCCGGCCGCCCAAUCUUGAACUCCAGCUCCUCACCAAAGCCAGCACCUCCGCCGUCGAUACGAAACCCGACGAGGAUCAUUCGAUGCAGCUGCAGCUCUCCAUCGGCUCGUCGGAAAUAAACGGAGAGAAAACCGAGGCCGAGAAUGCAAACAUGAGCUCCAUAAACAACGCCAGCAGAUGCUCCCCGAGGGAGAGCAGCACCACCAGCGCCGCCGCUGCGGUGAGCCUGAAAGAGCAAGCGCAGGAGCAGCUGAGACUAGCCAUGGCGGAGAAAGUUUACGCGGAGGAGGCAAGACGGCAGGCGAAGCGGCAGAUCGAGCUGGCGGAGCAGGAAUUCGCCAACGCCAAAAGAAUCCGGCAGCAGGCUCAGGCGGAGCUGGAGAAAGCUCAAGCGCUGAAAGAGCAGGCCACGAAGCAGAUCAACUCCACCAUGCUCCAAAUCACCUGCCAUUCUUGCAGGCACAAGUUCCAGACGCAGACUGCACCACAAUUAUUCGGAGAAACUUCGACGACUUCUUCCCGUGAUAACUCAUCCAUCGGGCUGAGUUACAUAUCUGCUGCCCUGAGAGAAUGGGAUGUCAAGAAUCGCAAUGAAAAUUAGAUGUGAUGGUUAAUUAUCAUUGUUAAACGUCUCAUCGUCCCGUCUCUCCGGUCCGUGUGGACCGAAGAAGAUCGGGUUCGUUAGUCAAUUGGGAUCUUCUAUUACAUUAUAUGCUCGAUGAGGAGCAUAUGUUUCUAGUGGUUUGUGGUGUUAUGGUGAGGGAGUUAGCUAGGAUUAAUGUUGUAUGUGUUUGGUAAUGAUCAAGUGUUGUAAAAUUUUA